AUGGCAGUCGCUGGAGUUCGAACCGUCAAUGGCGUGGACCUGUGGUACGACGCUGCAACACGAGUGUGUACGACGUUCUCGCACUGCAGCGCUUGGGCCAACUCGGAACGAGUGAAUUGGCGCGUUGUUCCCGGGGCGGUGAGCAUCUGGUUCUACUCGGACGACGACUGCAAGGGCAAAAUCGUGUUCGCGUCGCCCAUCGGACAAGCCUCCGGCACGUCGGUGCUCACGAGCAGCUCCGCGGGGGUCGCCAUCAGGUCGCUCAUGGCAGUGGGGACCUCGAUGGAUCCGUUGCGUGGCGUCGUCAGCGAAUGCUACUUUAACCUCAAUGACUAUCACGAGCGCAGCGAUGUGAUUAACGGGUCGACGUCUGCCAACUUCUCGGGCACUGGAUCGCAGUCGGGAGACAUCUCGGCAAACUGGCAUGAACCGUUGCCGCACAACUAG